CUGUCUUAAUGAACAGCGUUUGCAUGUUAUCGCUCUCGGCACAAAACUAGGAAAUCUGAGAUCAACCUGAGCCAAUAAAGCUGUAAUCAUUCAUAACGCGAACCAGAAUCAUCACAAACAGGCGGAAGAAACUUUACGAGAAAUGAAGCUAACCACUGAUGAGGUCUUGGAACAGAUUGGCAGCUUUGGUCGCUACCAAAUUAUUCUCAACAUAUUUUUCAAUCUCGCCUAUGCAUUUUGGUGGGCCGUUCCUGUGAUGAUUUCUGUCUUCAUCGCAUCGGAGCCUGGUUGGCAAUGUCAAAAUAACUCGACUUGUCCCUAUACAGACACCAUAAGUCUUGGAGACAAGAGGUACAAGUACAGAUGCAAUAUUCCAAGGGAAGAUUGGAAAUUUGCAGACGAUUUCACUUCUACUGUCACUGAGUUUGACCUGGUCUGUGAGCGCGGGUCUUUGGGAUUCGUUUCCACUUCUCUCAUAUUUGCCGGAUUUUUCGUUGGAAGUAUCCUUGUGAGCACCUUCUCUGACAGGUUUGGGAGGAAACGCCCCCUUUUCCUCUGCGGCUUUUUCUGCUGCUUGGUUCAUUUCAUCUCAGCCUUCUCUCCUGCAUUCUGGUUUUUUGCACUUUGUCGUUGCAUUGUUGGAUUUAUGAUUGGUGCUUACAGUAUUCCGUUGUUCGUGUUGACUUCCGAGUUUUCCGGCAUUCGCUACAGAGGUGUAGCUGGAGGACUGGUAUGGACUGGAUACUUUCUGUUCACCAUGAUCCUAGCUGGAGUGGCAUACGCUAUAAGAGACUGGCGUCAGCUCACUGUUGUUACUGGAACUCCUGGACUAUUCUUUACGGCUGGAUACUUUUUUAUCCCAGAGUCUGUCCGCUGGCUGUUAAAGAAAGGGAGAGAAGAGGAGGCCAGGGUAAUCUUAUGUAAAGUUGCUGAACUGAAUGGAAAAGAAAUGCCCACUGGAUCACUGGAGUUAUCACAAGAAGAGCAGAACGAGAGGCUCGGUGACUUCCGAGAUUUGUUUGUGUCACGCAAAAUGAUUCACAAGACGUUAGGUUCCUGGUUAAUGUGGUUCUCUGCAUCCUUUAUCAGCUGGGGAAUAGCUUUUAGUGCCCCUUUUGUCGGUGGAAAUAUCUACAUAAAUGUCCUCAUAACUAACGUAGCUGGAUUGCCAGCAUACCCAAUAAGUGCUGCUUUGACGAUGAAGUUCGGCCGCAGAAAAAUUCUUGGAGUAUCGUUUCUGUUAGCUGCUGUAGGAGCCAUUGGGGCACUUCUACUGUCAGACAAAGCUGAACACGAUAAAGGUUACAUGGCUGGGAAAAUCUUCAUGUCCAUGGUCGUUGCCAGGUUUAAUAGUGAAAUAGCCUUUUCCUUGGUUUACAUUUACGCUGCUGAACUGUUUCCAACGACUAUAAGAAAUGUAGGCAUGGGUACAUCUACGGCUUCAGCCCGUGUAAGCGCUUUUGCCUCGGCUUAUGCUCCGCUCUUGUUUACCGUUCAUCGUUUCCUUCCCUUUGGUAUAAUGGCUGGUCUGGCCAUAGCAGCAGCUAUGGGAUGUAUGACUUUACCAGAAACUCUCAAUCAACCAACCGUGGAGAGUUUGUAUUCUGAUCAGAGUGUGCCAAAGAAGGACGCGGAUGACAACGAAAACGAGGUUGUUCCUGAAAACAAAGAUGAAACGAUCGCUUUAAUGUGAAAAAGCAACAACAGCUCCACUACUACCAACGAGAAAGAAUUGCUUCUUCGUAUCCUACAGCCUUACAAUGAGCAGGAAGAUGCAAAGACAAAGCCUGUGGCUAUUUUUUUUAUAAUCGUUUAAUUGCUAUGUAACAAACUCUCCAUAAUACUUAUUUGUACCAACUACUGCAUUCAAUCCUCAUUGCCUGGGGGACAAUGCUGUUAUGCAUGCCAGUAUCAAUCGGACGAACAAACCGUCCCUAUUCAUGACGCAAGGUUCAUGCUGUUAAUUGGAAAUCGGGCCAAAUAUUUUUUCUUGGGCAAAAUUUUUGCCAUGUGUUAUCCUUAUAUUCUCAGCCAAUUGAAAAGCAAACAAACAACUAAAACAACAAAACAAAAACAGCAACUACGACAAAACGAACGAGCAUAACGCCUACCAUGAUUCCCUUUUUUUUAGGUGCUAAUAGAUAUUUUCUUUAUGGUAAAACGCUGCCAAACGUUGCUUGACAAUAAACAAUCAGAAGUUAAAUAUCAAAAUGUGCCACUCGUUUCA